AUGGAGGGAAUGAUUCAGGAUCCAUCACAGCAGCAGCAGCAGCAGCAACAGGCACAGCAGAAGAAUCAGGUAGUAGCAGGGGCGGAGAGGCUGAACCAGGCGGUGCAGCAACAGCUCAAUUUGGAAUCUCUCAAGACCAGAGCAAUCUCCCUUUUCAAAGCCAUUUCUCGCAUCCUCGAAGACUUCGACGCCUAUUCUCGCACCAACACCACCCCCAAAUGGCAGGAUAUUUUGGGGCAAUAUUCAAUGGUGAAUCUUGAGCUAUUCAACAUUGUGGAUGAAAUCAAAAAGGUUUCCAAGGCUUUUGUUGUUCAUCCCAAAAAUGUUAAUGCCGAGAAUGCCUCCAUAUUGCCGGUUAUGUUAUCCUCAAAGCUACUGCCCGAGAUGGAAAUGGAGGAUAAUUUGAAGCGGGAGCAGUUGCUUCAAGGAAUGCAAAAUCUGCCAAUACCUUCACAAAUUGAUAAGUUAAAGACUAGAAUUGAUAUGAUUGGAGCUGCCUGUGAAAGUGCUGAGAAAGUUUUGGCUGAUACCCGUAAGGCAUAUUGUUUUGGCUCUCGUCAAGGGCCAGCUAUUCUUCCAACUCUUGACAAGGGUCAGGCUGCAAAAAUUCAAGAACAAGAGAACUUACUCCGUGCUGCUGUGAAUUUUGGUGAAGGUCUACAUUUACCUGCAGAUCAAAAGCAGAUUACACCUUCACUUCCACUGCAUCUGGCUGACAUUAUGCCUGCAGCUGAUGGAGUGCAUUCUUUUUCUGAUCCAUCUGGCAUGUAUAUGAAGAACACUCCGCUUACGUCAAGCAACAUCGGUAGUCAAGGGUCUUUGUUGCAGGCUUCUGGAGCACAACUUAUUGGAAGAUCUGCUGCAUCUCCUUCUGCUGCUACUAGUGCUACCUCCUUUGAUAACACCACAAAUUCUCCACUUCAAUAUGCAAACUCACCUAGGUCUGGAACAAAUAUGAUGAACACACCAUCUCCUCAGCAACAAACCCAGCAACAGCAGCAGCAACAACAACAACAACAGCAGCAGCAGCAGCAGCAGCAGCAGCAAAGGCAAAAAAUGAUGCAAUUGCCUCAGCAUCAACAACUCCUUGCCCAACAACAGUUCAGGCAAUCUACAAUGCAAGGACUGGGACAAAAUCAGCUGCCACUUCAUGACCUGCAGGGUCAGACUCAGCAGAAGUUUCAGUCGUUGCAUGGUCAGAUGCAAUUUUCUCAGCCCUUGGGCCACCAGCAAUUUCAGGGUAGGCAGCUUCCUCCUGGACAUGUUCAGCAUGGCAUAGGUCAAAGUCAACUCAAUCAAGGAUCUCAGUUGGGUCGUCAUUUAAGCCAAUUCUCCAGUCCAGCAAAUAGUGCACUGUACAAUGCUGCUCAGGGGACACCAAGUACUCAGAUGAUCCCAAACAUGUCAGCCACUAUGCCGUCACAGUCACUUCUACCAAGGAUGCAGUUUGGACUACCUGGUGCCAAUCCUCAGCGGGGUCAUGCAUCUCAAAUCUUAACUGAUCAAAUGUUUAACAUGGGAUCCGGUCCUGGUGGCAUGAUGUCCAUGCAACCACAGCAGCAACAGCAACAACAACAGCAUGGUUCACAAGGUGCAUUUGGUAAUAUACCCACUGCCCAGAAUUUACAGUCUAAUAUGGUAGCUCUUCAAAAUAACCCACAAAGUCAUCCCAAUUUUGCACAGCAAAGACAGCAGGGUCAGCAGUGAUAUAAACUGUAGCCUUGUUUGGUAAUAGUUCAAGGUUUUCACAUGGUUGCUGUAUAGGGAAAUUGUGUAUCUUCCAUAUUUAUUUGGCUUGGAAAUUAGAUUGGUUCCCAUUGGUAAAUGCUUCUGCUGGUGAAAGCAUGUAUUUGGUUCCUGUC